GCAGCGGCGGAAACAACACUGUCAACACUCAGCGACACGACAUCUGUGCGCAGCGUACGGUGACGUUCGCCUUUGUUUACCGUUCGUUUACGGUGUUUACAAGUAUGUACUUUGUACUUGCUUUCAUAUAAUUGCAGCGACUGCUGCCGACAAUUACCCCGUAUGGACGAUACGCGUGUGUGUUAAUUAAGUUUAAUUUACAGUCCAGAAGAAGAGAGACGGAGAUCCAUGUAUGUUUACAUAUAGAUACGUGCUAUUUUUGAAGCGCAUAGCUCACUAUCAAAAUAUUUAGAUUUAAAAAAGUAAAUUUCCAAGGAUGUCCGAGGUAAUAAGGUUCACAAAAUUGAAAACGGCGACGGACUCGACCUUUUGGGCAAAAUUUGCAGAAUUGAAAAUAGACAAAUUGAAACUAGAUGAAAAAGCUAAGAUACAUUUGUGGGGAAGUUUCUCCCUGCAAUCGAUGGAUGAGGGCAGGACUAAUCCUUUAACGCUAGAUUGUACUUCGUUUAAUGAAAACCUGGAGACAACUUCUCACAAUGCCGGAGUAGCUUGCUGUGGCCACAUGAUUAACACAAACACCUACGAGGCGUUCAGACAGAUAAAUCCCGAGAAGUUUAUUGACACCAUGGGCGGAUGCAUUAUCGACAGUAUCAGAGACGGCACGGCCCUGCGGGAGCCUUGGCGGCUCUCGGUAUUCCUGGUAUUUGCUUACUCUGAUCUCAAGAAGUACAAGUUUCAUUACUGGGCCGCGCAUCCAACUCCUUUCUCGUUACCGGAAAUUCACUCGGUCGCACCGACAAAAUUUGCAUCCGGCGAGUUUACAGCCAGUCAAAUAGAUAAAUUACACACGAGUUUUCUCCAAUUGGACGCGAGAGCAAGGAACUUCUUCACAGUUUUUGUGUCCGGAGAGAAUGAUUUGAGCGUUGAUAAUUUGUCGAAGGGAGUGGAAUAUAUAAAACUAAACGUUAGCAACAAGGGAGAUUCAGAGCAGGCAAGCGAUGCGGUAUACUUUGCAUUUUAUGAUCCCUGCGCGAGUGCAGAACCUGGGUGGCCCUUGCGAAACCUGUUGUGCCUAUUACUGUGGCACUGUCCUACGUACUGCUUUACACGCGACAUCAAAGUCUUAUCUGUGAGGAGCGACAAAGUGCAAACUGCAGUUGUAUUUACACUUAGAAUCAAAGAAGACGGAGACGUGGAAGCUAUGAGAGAAGCUAUUUCCGAAGGGCACUUAGUAGGUUGGGAGGCUAACGCAAAUGGGAAAAUGGGCCCUAACAUCUCGGAUUUAUCUAACAUCAUGGAUCCUGCCAAACUAUCAGACAGAGCGAUCAAUUUAAAUCUGAAAUUGAUGAAAUGGCGCCUUGUCCCUGAUCUAGAUUUGGAAAAGAUCAGUGGUCUACGUUGCCUUCUGUUGGGUGCCGGUACACUCGGAUGUUCCGUGGCGAGGGUGCUCCUCGGCUGGGGUAUUAAUAAUAUGACGCUCGUAGAUAGCUCUACCGUCUCUCACAGCAAUACGGUGCGCCAGAGUCUAUACACGCACGAGGAUGCGGUGCAACGUCGGCACAAGGCGCAUGCCGCGAAAGACGCUCUACUUAGGAUACGCCCCAGUAUGAAUGUGAAAGGUGUCGUCUUGCACAUUCCCAUGCCCGGUCACGUGGUCGGUCGGAGUAUGAUGGAGACGACCAGGCAGGCUGUGAGCGAACUGCAAGAGCUCGUGAACAGUCACGACGUGGUGUUCCUGCUUCUGGAUUCGCGCGAGGCCAGAUGGCUGCCGACCCUCCUGUGCGCCGCGACGAAUAAGAUUGCAAUCAACGCCGCUUUGGGCUUCGAUUCGUACACGGUGCAACGGCACGGCACGCGCGCAUUUUCCAAUCCCGUCUCGCCUAAUUUAACGGUCCAGAAUCCUGCGGGAUUCGAUCUUGGAUGCUACUUUUGUAACGAUGUAACGCAACCUGGAAACUCACAAACUGAUAGAACGCUCGAUCAGCAAUGUACUGUAAGUCGGCCGGGUUUGUCGCAAAUCGCCGCGGGUCUGGCAGUUGAACUACUCAUGGCAGUAACGCAACAUCCCCAGGAAAUUUCAGCUAGGGCGCUUAUGAAUAACGAUGAAGACGAUUGUCGAGAGAACGUCGACAGUCCGCUGAUAGGAUUAUUGGGUGGCGUACCUCACACGAUACGGGGCUCGCUUUGGGGCCACGAAAUGAAAUUGACCGUUACGCAUAGAUCCCCCUUCUGCACAGCUUGCUCGACGCCUUUGAUCGACGAAUAUCGACAACGCGAUUUUGCUUUCGUGCUCGACGCUUGCAAUAUGCCAAAUUAUCUCGAGAAAUUAUCAGGACUCGAGGAAAUACUGAAAAGACCAGAUCUAGAUGAGUUAUGUUAUACAAUGGACAGUUCGAGCGAGGAUGAGAAAUCGUGAAGAAACAGCAAUUUAAAUAGUGUUGACAAAAUGAUAAAAUGUGUGUACAAAAGAAAAAAUCUAUGAAUUUUAGAGUAUAAAUUACUUGCACGGUUUUUAUAUAAAUAUAACAGUUUUAUGCCAUAAAGUGUGGAAUGCCAUAAAAAAGAAGAGCACAUUUAAACUAAUCAAAGCAAGCAGCUUAAUAUCAGAUUACUUCUCGCCCUGAAGUGAACUGCAUUGUUUAUAAAAUGUUGACAUUAACAAUGGCAAGGAGACACGGAGUGAACCUCUUAGCACUUUUAAACUAAUCAAAGUAAGAGUUUGUAUAAAAUCAAAAGCUUUAGCGAAGAUUGUUAAUACGAAAGAAAUAUAUAUGAGCGAUGAAA